AAUUUCUGGCUGUGUCACGUCAAAUGCAUGCAAUGCAUUGGUGGCCGAGCUUCUCAUCUUCCACCCGUGCCUCUACCUCCGACAGAAAGGUUCAUUCCGAUGAUAGCGUGAUCGUCACGCGCGGGGGCGUUGGUUCCGUCCUGAAAUCAGCUCUCUUCGGCACCCGUAGCCGUAUACGCCAAAUAUCCCGUAAGAAGAAGAAGCCCCAACACCGUGGUGGGGACCACAAUGUCGACGUCGGAGAUGACUGGCAUUCUCAGUAUUCGUAUGAAAGUUCUCCACCGGAGGGACGUCCGCCGCCGCAACCCCUUCCUUUGCCGGAAUUACACGUGAUGCUCCGUCAACAUCCUAAUUUGGUUCAAGCCCCCAGCGUCCCACUUCCUUCGCCUAGGGAAGGAAUUUCGCAUCAUAAAGCUGGAGAGGAAACAGAAAGAGAAAGGAUGGAUGCUUUCAAUGGCGGAGCAACACGAGAGGGCAGAUUAUUAAACCAAGAUGCUCGAAAGAGAACAGAGCACUCAGCAACUCCAUUGUCCAGGAAGAUGCCACCUCGGAUGCUGCUUGUCCCAGAAAGAAUCCCUCCUGACUUUUGGACUAGUGCUCCAACUAGUCCUUAUGCAAGUCCUUCACAUAGCCAACUGAAAAGUGGUGAUCAUACAACGAGUCCUCUUUUCGUCACACCUCCUAGUGUUUUUCAAGUUUGGUCUGCCCCUGAAAUGCCUCCUUCAGAUGCCCCUCAUGGUUUAGGCUUCUCUUAUAAUCAUGCUUUUAGUGUUGAUAACUCUCCUCUUCACAGUCCAAAAUUAAGUCCUCAGAGAAGAUCCAGGAGUCCAAGUGGACCUACUUCACCUUUACAUCAUCCACUACCAAAUGAUCAGUGCCCAAUGGCGCGUCGUGAGAAUUGCGCUCAAGGCAAUGUCCAUCCUUUACCCCUUCCUCCUCUAGCUACCCCUCCCGUUUCACCACCUACCCCUAAAGCAGAUAUAUCACCUAUUAAAGGACAGUGGAAAAAAGGAAAGCUUAUUGGACGUGGGACAUUUGGAAGUGUUUACGUAGCAUCAAACAGAGAGACAGGAGCUUUAUGUGCAUUGAAAGAAGUUGAAUUAUUACCAGAUGACCCAAAAUCUGCUGAGUCUAUAAGGCAGCUAGAACAGGAAAUCAACGUUCUCAGCCAGCUCAAGCACCCAAACAUUGUCCAGUAUUAUGGCAGUGAAAUAGUUGAUGACCGGUUUUACAUUUAUCUAGAAUAUGUUCAUCCUGGUUCUAUCAAUAAAUUUAUCCAAGACCAUUGUGGGGAAAUUACAGAAUCUAUUGUGAGGAAUUUCACUCGCCAUAUUCUUUGCGGGUUAGCUUACUUGCACAGUAAAAAGACCAUUCACAGGGACAUUAAAGGGGCAAAUUUGCUUGUUGAUGCAUAUGGGGUUGUCAAGCUUGCAGACUUUGGGAUGGCUAAGCAUCUAAACGGGCACUCAGCUAAUCUCUCUUUAAAAGGAAGUCCAUAUUGGAUGGCUCCUGAGCUUUUGCACUCUGUUAUGCAGAGAGAUAAUAGUAGCGAUCUUGCCUUAGCUAUUGAUAUAUGGAGUUUGGGUUGUACUAUAAUUGAGAUGCUGAAUGGCAAACCUCCUUGGAGUGAAUAUGAAGCUGCUGCAGCAAUGUUCAAGGUUCUAAAAGAUACCCCACCAAUACCUGAAACAUUAUCACUAGAAGGGAAAGAUUUUUUGCAUUGUUGUUUCCGUAGAAAUCCAGCAGAGAGGCCAUCAGCUAGCAUGUUGCUAGAACAUCCAUUUGUUAGAAUGUCGCAUCAGCCAGAAGUUCCUUCUUUUGUCCAGCAACUUGACGGGAUAAGACUAACAGAAAAGUUGCAUUCUCAAAGAGAGCAGCUAAGUUAUAAACUUGAUGUGGUGCAUGUAUCAUUAGAAAGAUAGCACUCGGAAAGAUCUGGCAAAGAAGUACAAAUUGUGAUCUAAAGAAUGGAGUCCUCAAAUGGGCAAAUUCACUUUAAUGUCUGCCUGCCCCUAAGCUUUAUGCCUACACGACAGCAA